UUUCUUCAUGAAGGAGGUGGCGCGGAUGGGAUUUAUUGACCAAUGGCAGCAUACCGAGGUUCGUAUGGGGACGGGUUUUUUUUAAACAAGCAAUGGUCCAAAUAGUCUUCAUCCGUCAAAUAAUCCUCAUCCUUCAGAAAGGUGCCGUUUCGAAAUCGUAACCUUUGUAAAAGGUAGUUUCUUUAAAUUUGUAAAAAAAAAAAUUAUAGGCUACAGAAGGUAACAUGCAGAUAACAAAAUGCAUUGCCUCCUACCUAGCCCUGCUGGAUACACCAAUUCUGUCCAUACGGUUAUUGUCAAGAGUUCAUAUUCAAGGGUGCUUUCAUGAAAACGGAUAUUUUUUCUGAAACAAGAAGCAAUUUCAUGUGCUUGACUCAUGUAGGCAUUGUCAUCAAAAUGAUGAUGUAGGAAACAUCGGCGUCGCCAGGCUUUUUCCAGUGAGCCAAACCACUUUUCCGGGGGGAGGGGGUCCAGGAGGGAAAGCGCUAGUCAACUACGAUAAACCAUUAACAGUGGGGGGGGUCAAUUUGAAGUUUCUCUCAAGAAGACUGUGGAUUUUCAACCCCCCCCCCCUUUGCAUACCCGUUUUUCCCACUCAUUGUAAUUUGCAUGUUAUUUUAUUCCUGGGGGAAUGCUACCACACCCCUCACUUCGCCCAUGAUGUGAAUUUAAUUGCCGCACAUUAUUAGAAUGAUGCCUGCCUAAAAGAUGUCCCUCUACGGUACGUGGAAUUAAUUUGUCGUUAGCUGCAAAACCCACUUCAAUUCUGCAAUACUUGACGCAACUACAUUGACAAGCUUCUUCGCUGAUGGAUACCACGAUAUGGACUAGGCCUACACGCUGUUGCAGGCGCUUGGAGUUUGUACCCGAACGUGCCGUGUUUACCCAUUUGCAACUUACCUCACGAUAGUAUUGGCCGGAGCAAGACUGAUGGCCACAUUUACUGAGAAAGGGAACGUUUUCUUAUCCGUAUUUUCGCAAUCUUCUUGAAACUUGAAGCGCCGACUUCCAUUAGCACCCUUUCGUGCCAAGUAACUGCUAACACACCGGUUAGCGAUAAUUAUCCAGCUGCAGGAAGCGUGGUGCCCACCAAAGUGUUCAGUCUGCAACCCUUGGCAUAUUUUCUUUCGCGAUGUGAUCCAUUAACAGUGAUCUAUCGUUCUCGAGUGUGUUUCUCACUGAUGAAGACGAUCUCGAACACAGUCAGUGCGAUGCUGUCAUGGUGAAGGAUGUUAGUGGUGUUUCACGCCGCAGAGCGAUUGAUCACUGUAUUUCUACUGUACUGGUGAGCUUCAAAUUUCUUUCAGUGUAUGUUGCCUUCUUCGUCAAAAUAACUUACCUUAUUAACAUAAUCUUCUUCACCUUACCUCGACUAUUUUGUCUUCAAAGCAAGCGGUUUUAACUGUUUCCUACAAGGGAAAUCACGAAUCAUACGAUUACAGUGCGCUAUAAAAGCACGUUGUUCAUGCUUGCUUCGGUCAUAACACGUUCUUGAUUAUCUUCCUCAACCUCGCUGUGAGAAAACAUUGUACUGCCAACCCAGUGCGUUAUCUUGUAAGAUUCAAAUGGAAAAUUCAACGGUCGCAUGCGUCAACUUAUCUUCAGUUGACGUAGAGACGGACCAGUACGCUCUUUAUACCUACAGGAUAGUGGAUUUAGUUGUGUGCUCUCUACUGUCUGCUAUCGGUGCGCUCGGAAAUGUUCUGAUCUUGCGAGUUUAUUGGACCAAGAAACGAAAGACGAGUACACACAUACUGAUAUCUGGGUUGGCCUUGGCAGACCUGUUGGUGUGCUUAUCUCUGGUGGGAACCGUCGUCAGGCAUACUUACUUUUUUAUCAGGAAAGAUGAGCCUGCCUUACUGUACCUGCCUGACCACUUUGGCAAUGUGUGGACAGGCCUCUCCGUGUGUAUUACAGCCUUCAUUGCUGUUGACCGGUACGACUGCGUGUGCCGUCCCGCACGGCGGUGGUUCAACACCCGCCGGGCUAAGUUGGUAGUUGCCGUAGCCUUGUUUCCGUGCGUCAUCUUAGAAACCCCGCGCGCGGUCGAGACCUUUUGCUCGUGCAGGAUAUCAAACACGCCUUCACUGAUCUUGCUGGCCGCGGGUUUCCUCCUGGCGGUCGGCACGAUCGCAGUCUGCUACGGGAAGGUCUUCAAUGCGGUCCGCCAGCAUACCAAAGUUGGUAUCUGCUCAGGACUUGGACGCUCCAGCGUCAACGCCAGGAAAAAUACAGCAACGAACGAACUGCCCAUAGCCACAAUUGCUCAUGCGAACGGGAGCCGUGGGAAUUCACCAGGGCCUUCUGUUAAACACACGAUGCCCUCCCUAGAUCCUACACCCCUGCAGCAAUGUCGAACGACAUCGUGGGCAACCGAGAGUGAAAACACCAGAGCAAACCACAACAAACUGUCCAAGGAUGCACAACGGUCCCGACAAGACCGUCUGGGUAAGACGUCAGCCCCGCCAACGAGCGACCGAGUAUUCACACAGGUCUCUCGUCAGCGGCCCCCGAGUGGCUCGGUUCUGCUUCAGAGGAAGACCACGCGAAUGCUGUUCAUCACAAGCGUCGUGUUCGUCGUUACCUGGACCCCGCUGUGGGUCUGCGAGGCGCAGCGACUCCUCUCCGAUGGAGACUUGGACAGUUUUAUCGGGAUAGAUAUUCUCUUGCGGGACGUCAUUUUCGUCAAUAAUGCAGUUAAUCCCGUAAUCUACAGCCUCGCAAAUAGACGGUUCCGCCAGGAGUUUGUCAAUGAACUGCAUAAGUGGCCGCUUUCGCUUUGUCGCUUUCAAAACGAAGACUAAACACGUGUCGCGGCUUUAUGGCGUACAAAGGCACUUUUUAGUAAGCAUUUCAGACUCGCGCAUUACGUUUCAUCACGAAGUGCAAAGUAGGCCGCCUUACUUCUUCUAUGUAGCUGUUGCUAAAUGUUGGGAAUAAUGAUCAAUACUAAACAGAACACGCACUUCGAUAAAUAUAGAAGCAUUACAGAAAGAAGAUGACCUUUGGCAAAGAUUUACAUUUUGAUAUCCCAGUGACACGUGGGGGACGAAGGGUCAUGUGUUUGACAGACAGAAGAAACACUGGAAACGAAUGAGAAGAAAUCCUGAGUAAAACAUUUUUUAAAAUAUAUUCAGCUAGCUGGCUUCGUUAUUGCACCGUUGUCAAAGAUGACUUUGCAAAGUUUUGCAGAUAUAAUAAAAAAAUUGAAUAAUUUUAUAAUAACAAAAUUCUCAAAGUGCCCAUAUCGUUAUUGAGAUAAAAACUUUAGAAAUACUGGUAGAGUGAAUACUGAUGCAUGCAUUGAAGACUCCCAUUUAAGUAUUGAAAAUUUAAGGAGAUUUUAUUGAUAUUUCAUUUUUUCGUAUUUCAUGAAAAUAGCUUAAUGGUCAUUGACUUUGGACCUUCAGGGCCAAACAGUUAUCCAGGUUUCUCCUCUCAAAGCUCCUCCGCAAAUAUUUUGCAGAAGUAAAACCCUUUUCCAGUUAAAAGUAUAACGAGAGUAAAAAAAAAAAUCUGCUAAAUUUACCUUACGCUUGUAACACAAUUCAUGUGGUUACAUACAGAUGGUGGAUUCAUAUACGGUCGAUUUGACAACGUACGUAAUAGGCACAGAGCUUUAAUGAGAGAUUCUUGAAAGGAUAAGGUCACAUUAAUAUUGCAUUGAAGAAGUUAAUUCAAAUGUUCAUCAUGAAGUGUAUAGAAAUCCUUAGGCACAGCUUUGGGUUUUCAAAUAAGUUGAAGUGCACAUUUUUCAACAACAAGAAAAGGUCAAAUUCUGCUCCUCACAACUGAGAACGUUGUUGGGAUGUUACUUUCGGAGCUGUAUAUAUAGAGAGCGUUGCGACAUGAGGUUGUAUAUGACACCAUUUUGUUUCCAAAACGGUUGACUAUAGAGCUCUGGCCACUUCAUGUUUCGCAAGUUUUAAGCCAAAAUGGAGUGCGCUAAAAUCACCUUUAGCAUAGAAUUAUUUUGAUUUUCUGCGUAAAUAAAUUUAAAUCCGACGUAAACUCCCAAAAUUGCUGCAAAGUAGGCUCUCAAACAACAAUGCGACCAAAACUUUCACACGCAAAUGAAAAAUUAAAAGCACUUUUUCCCACACCGGGAAUCGAACCCGGGCCACGGCGGUGAGAGCGCCGGAUCCUCACCACUAGACCAAAUGGGAUUGUGCUGAAUCUAAUGACAACCAAAGGUGCAAAGUUAUUGCAAAGCGCCAAGAUCCGCAUCAUUAUUAGCUAUCACGAGACUACAGAACCACUUCCUAGCCCUGUCGAAACUUGUUAGCGCGAUUUGAUUGCUUUAUCACUUCGUCAAUUGGCUAUGAGAGAACUGGUACAAAAUGUGUCUCCUUUUCGCCGGUGACGGGCACAUUCAUCUUCAUGUUGCUGCCAACUGCAUUUAACUUCAUUCAAAAGUGGGCUCUGUCGAAUCGAAAAGCGAGGUGACCCACGUAAAAUAAAUUCUAAAAUUUGUUUUGUGUGUAAAAACUGCAGUCUCUAACUUGAAGGGUCAAAAGUGAGCUGUUCUCAAUAAUCUAUGAGAGUUCAGCUCUUUUGCCUGCACCAUUUUUGAGCAUAUGUAUAUGGCUAAUCUCUGGACAGGUUGUCGUUUCUACUGUACACGUCGCUGUUAAAGAUCUGGCAGUUGAUUAUUAUGCCCAGUUCAGUAUAGCCUGAGACAUUGUCUUUGAACACGUAGAUUAAAGUUGUUGUGUCUAUUUUCAAGUAUGCAUGAGCGACCAUGCUGGCCUGUAUUGGCUCUGGCAAUUAAUUAGCAGGGGUAAACCACCACAACGGCAGACCCCUGGGCGAAAAUGUUCCAAUCAGACAAGAUUAAUUCUAAAGAACAAAAUAAAUCACUACGGUGAAUUAUGGCCGGGCAGAGCCAGAGAUUUGUAGCGGAAAAUGAGCUGAAUAUUAUCUGACUCCACUCAGAAACACAAAAAUUUAUUCAAAAAAGUGCAAUUUCAAGCAGAAAAUCAUUCACUGCAAGGUGAUUAAAGUGUGUAGUUCCUGUAUAUGCUAUUUCAAAGACGAUCCCAUUUUGGUUUUUUUUCCCCUGAAUGAAGCAAAACCUUUGGAAAGACAAAACAGCAGAUAAACGAUUCAUCAGAAUUAGCUUUGAAGCACUACGCAAGCUAUAUAAGAAUUAUUUUAUUAAUCCUUUGUUACAAAAUAUUGCAAUAUCCAAACUUCUUCAGUAAGAUUAAAUGCAUGCACGUUACUGCUUACA